AUGAGUAAAUUCUUUCCAAGUGACAAUGAAGGUGGCGGAGGAGGUGGAGGUGGAGGUGGGCUCCUUUUCGGCACGGGUGGUGGCGGCGGUGAUUUCUUAGGUGGUGGAGGUGGAGGUGGACUCUUUUUUGGUUGUGGAGGUGGGGGUGGGCUCUUUUUUGGUGGAGGGGGAGGCGGAGGUGAUUUCUUAGGUGGGGGAGGUGGAGGUGGGCUCUUUUCUGGUGGUGGGGGUGGAGGUGGGGGAGGUGGGGGCGGGCUCUUCUUUGGUGGAGGGGGAGGGGGAGGUGAUUUCUUAGGUGGGGGAGGUGGUGGUGGGCUCUUUUUUGGUGGAGGAGGUGGAGGAGGGCUCUUCUUUGGUGGAGGGGGAGGGGGAGGUGAUUUCUUAGGUGGGGGAGGUGGUGGUGGGCUCUUUUUGGGUGGUGGAGGUGGAGGUGGGCUCCUUUUAGGCGGAGGAGGAGGUGGGGGCGACCUUUUAGGCGGCAGAGGAGGUGGGGAGGCAGGUGGUGGUGAAGGUGGCGGAGGAGAUGGUGGUGGAGGUGAUGGUGGUGGGGGUGAUCUUCUGUUGGGUAAUGGCGGGAAAAGUGGAGGUCUGAUUAGUGGUGGUAAUGGUUUAUUGGGCGGCAAACGGAGCGGUGGCAAACGCAGCGGUGGCACGGGAAUUACGUUAGCAUUGGCAUUUGCAACAAAGAUGGCGAAAAUUGCCAGGAGUUUCCACAGCGAAGCUAUGUGGCUCGCCAUGGUUGCUAAAAAGAUGUAUUUGCUACCAACUGCCUCAUUUGUGGAUUUAUAUAGUUCAGUGAUGGUGAGGAAUUUGCAAAUUGCGUAG